AGUCCUGCUGCAGCACAAAAUCCACUCCGGUUUGGUUGAUCGAAGGUAGAACACGUCUUUGUUUUGACCAGCUUUAAAGAAAGAGCAAAAACUCGAAGGUGUGAGUUUGGUUUGGUGACCAAGAUGGACGAGCCCAUGGAAGAUGACGUUGAGAUCACAUUCCCCGUGAAGUUUUUGGGCCGGGUGGAGGUGGUUCGUUCGGACGGACUUCAGAUCCUGGAGGAGGCGGUUUAUAGUCUGAAGACCCCAGAUAAGUAUUCAUCCGAGAAGGUGACGAAGAACACUAAAGUCCUCAUCUUCCUGUCUUUGGGUGGGAUUGACAUUUUGGAGCACAAAACAAAGUUUCUGCUGUACCAGUGUCCUCUGUCCACCGUCUCCUUCUGCGCGGUUCUUCCAUCUUUGCCCAAAGUCUUCGGCUUUGUGGCCAAACAUCCUGCUUCGGACAUCUACCACUGCUACCUGUUUCAGAGCAAGGCCUAUGCCCACGUCCUGGUGUCCGCCAUCGGAGACGUCUUCAGAGCGUCUAAAAAAGAGGAAUCCGUCAGAGGAGGGCGGGAUCUGAUCGUGGAGGCCCUCAGGCACAAGAAUAAAAUACUUCAGAGAGAGAACGAGGAGCUGAAGAGGAAGCUUGCAGCACAGCGGAGCUAAAAAGACGGAGCGGAUGCAAUCAUUUUUCCUCUUCCUGUUUCAUGUUUUUCCCAAAAAAACGCUUCAAAGACCUGCAAGAAUGAAAGAUAAAUGAUUUUAAAAAAGGCAAAUCAUUUAACUCAAGUAUUCCAAAGCUCUAAAUCUGAUCAAUUUGUUCGAAGAAAUUUUAAUAAAAAUAAAUGUGUUUUUUCUCGCA